AUGAAAACAGCACUGGAGGUGCAUCACGUAGUAGUUGCCACCUCAGCUGGGCCUCAGGACGGCUUACUGAGGGUCGCCGCCACGAUGACGCUUCCAGCUGGGGUCUUCUUGAGGAAGAACGCAGUGGGAGACAGGGUAGCGGGCGAGCCGGCCGGACACGACAGCGCGAUCCUGCUGGAGCUGGCGCCGUUCCUCGGGCUGCGCGCCCAGUUCCCGGAGGAUCCGUUCUCGACGCACGUCGGGAUGCGCCUACCGAACGGCUCCUUCACGGGCGACUUGGCGGACCUAGUGUCCGGGCACGCUCACGUGUCUGCCCACGUGCGGCUCUUCUCCCCAGAGGAGGCGGCGCCGCUGGAGACUCUGUACCCGCACGUGGGCUGCGACGUGCACCUGCUGCGCCUGCUGCUGCUGCCGCUGCAACCCGCCGUCUGGCUGGCCCUGGCCGCCACGCUCCUCGCCUGCGCAGCCUUCCGCUUGCUGAGUGGCGGCUCCGUCGGUUUGGAUGCAGCGAGCAACGCGCUGUUCGAAGUGUACGUCACAUUCCUGGCGGGCGUGGCGCACAGGGGGCAGCGGCCAGUCGCGGCUACUCUGCUGUUGGCAGGCGUGGUGGUGCUGGGCGCCUUCCAGGGCUGCCUCUACAGCCUGCACACCACGCCGCGCUACCUGCCCCAGCUGGACACGCUGCUGGACGCUGCCGGCUCUGUGACGCAGGUCUACAUCUACACACCUCUGGCGGAGAUGCUGGAACUUGCCAUGGGUGAUGACGAAGACCUGCAGCCGCUGUGGCGACGCCUAGUGCGGACGGUGGACAUGCGGGAAUGGGAGCGUGCGGAGAGGGAGGCAGGUCUACAGGGAGGACUCGCCGUCGUACACCCUCGCAGCGUCCACACCUUCCGUCGCAGGCUGUGGCAGAACGUGGACGAGUCGUGGUUUCCUCUACUGCACGUGGUGGGGCAGCCGGUGCUGGCGCCAGCGUACUGCAGCCUAGUGGCGGCGAGGCGGCCUGCUGGCCUGGCAUCGCGCCUGGACCGGCUGGUAGCGCUGGCGGGCCAAGCAGGCCUGUUGGAGCACUGGCGCCAGCGCGCGCUGCUGGAGCUGUGGGCCGCCGGGCUCGUGGCGCCAGCGCAGCCGCCUAGGACUCCACCCCGCGCUGCGCCGGUUGUUCGCCUGGCGCACCUGCGUUCCGCCUGCUGGCUGCUGCUCUGUGGACACGCCGCUGCCGGCACUGCUUUCAUCGUCGAGAGGACACUAGCUUACCUUCUCCAGCCAGAGCAUCGACUACGAAGAAAGUGACAGCCGUGAAGGCAGAAGAGAUGGAGUGAUAUAGUACUUCACGAAGGAGCUGACGUUAACAAUUCUUUCCCGUUUCCUUUCCUGGUAUAAUCUGUUCCUUUCUCUUUAUUCUUGUUCCAUCCCCUUCGUCCCUCAGGAGAAGAAGGUGACCUGACAGCGCUAUAAAAAUACAUAACCAUUGAAAAUAGCGAAACUGUGCGACUAUUAUCACCCUACACCUUAAAGAAGAUUGAAACAACUUGCAAAUACGCAACUGACCAUUAAAACUGCUACACCAAGAAGAA